AUCAGAAUUGCCAACCUCCCACAGGGGACCCAUUAGAGGACAUUUCUCAUGCCAAGGCAGAUGAAGAGGACCCAUCAAACAUCAAGUGUUUCAUUUCCUCAAGAAGAAGAGGAAAAGCUCCCCUGGAGGAUCUGACAGAGGAGGCUCCUGGUGACAGGGUGGAUGAGGAGUCCCUGCCUAAUGCCAAGGUGACCUUGAAAGCAAGCAGAAAUGAUGGCCACUCAGCAGCUCACACCAUGCUUGCUCCCCAGAAGCAGCUGAUGGUGGCAGUUACAAGUGAUCAAGAGGAUGAGGAGACCCCACCUAAUGAUGAGGUGCCACGUGGACCAAGUGAAAAUGAAACCCCUGAGUGCCUGUUAGAGGAGCCUCAUGGUGACACGGCAGAUGAGGACAUUCCAUCUAAUUCCAUGGUGGACUCAGAGUUGAGUGAAAAUGCUCCCACCAAGGGCUUGCUCAAGCAACUUCUGCAGGCCACAGCAGUAGAGGAGGCCCCAUAUUAUUCUGAGGUGGCCCGGAUAAUAAACCCCAAUGAUUGGCUGGCAUAUCGGCGAUAUUCCAGCAGUGACGAAGAUGACACUCCAGGCGAACGCAUCACAGUUACUGCCCUCGUCCAUUCAGAGGCAUUCUUUACAGAUUCAGAGGAUUCUGAUGGAGAAGACAAUUUCCAUCUCUCUACUGUCUGUCAGGAGGAGGAGAACAUAAACGAGAAACAAGAGGAAAAUGAAGAGGAGAAGAACAUAAGCAUUACUGAGCCUACUGGGGUGGCUGCCAUUGAGCAGGAACGUGGAACUGGGGACAAGACCUGGAUGGUCAGAAUAAGUGUAGCUCCUGCUCAUCACGCAGACCAAGUAUGGGGCAUCUGCCUUUCAUCCCAGACUUCUAGAGCCUCCUCUUUCCUCUGCAUCAGUUUCACUGUUCAGGGGAAAUUUACCUGAAGGCAGCCCAGCCAAGCAGCUUUUAUAGCCCGUCUAUGCCGAAAGACAAUUCCCUCAACACAGAGCAGCGAAGGGGCCUUGAUGCCCUGUGGAUCUGACUCCUGGGGAUAUCAGAGGCCCAAGGUCAUCUCUCCAGAGUCCAAUGUGCCUACUGGGUCCUGCAACCCACCCCAGGGAGUUUCCCCCUCCAUCCACAUCUGUGCCACCCCAGUGAUCCCAGAACCUGUGUGUGUGUUGUAGAUACUACCUCAGAAAAUGACAACAAUGGCGAGAUGGAGACCUCAGUCUGAGCCUUAAAGCCUCUGGACAUAAUAUGGUGGUUUGCAGUUGACAUCAGAGAAGAUCCAAAGGAAACAGCCACCUCAUGCUUAUCCCCUUACAAUCUCUUUUGCUAGUCAAACAAUUAAAUAAGAGUUUAGUUUUUUAAUUGUACAAAUUUAGCAUUAAUUUUAGAAAUAUGUUUUCUAUUUAAUGUUUGAUUUUAUUA